AUGGAGGAAAAUAACCAAAGUGACAAGGCCCCCCAACAUGGUGUCAAACGUCCUAUGACCAAACCAUCCCACAGAAAAAAUCGCAGAAAAAAUCGUGAAGGAAAGAAACUAAAGUAUGCAUCUUGCGUCAUUAAGAAAAUACCUAUUGAUGGUGUUACCAAUCAACAGAAUAAUAACUCAAAAGAUGAAAUUGGUGGUUGGAAAAAAACACGACGUGGAAAAAAGAAACGUGGCAAAAAUAAUAAAAAGAAAUUUUCAAACUAUCAAAACUUAUCUUGUCAAGAAAAGGCUGAAUUAGAAGAAAUGGCCGCUGAAGAAGCUACACAAUUAUAUAAUCAACGCAUUCAAUCGGGCUUGCCAGUAACACCCUUCAACACAACCCAAUUUAUUAUGGAUGACUACGAAAAAGCACGAGCUCGAAGUGUCAAUGACAAUAGUGACGAUUUAUUAGAUGAAAUACAACGAAUGGAAGAUAAAUCAGAAAAUGGUAACUAUAGUGGUGAAGACGAAUUUACCGCCCAUUUGGAAGAAAUUCGAUUCGACAAAUAUGAUCGAAUGAGUAAGGGUGAGCUGGUCAGAUAUUGUUAUCAAUUAGAUAAGAAAAUACAGCAACUUGAAGAAGCUGAUCAAGAUGCUACCAACAGAGAUAGUAACCAUCAUCACCACUCCAACGAAACAAAGAUCGGAAAUGAUGAUGUUGAACAAAUGCAAAAGGAAAUAGCAUCGCUACGGCAAGAGAACACCAAGCUAUACGGAUUGAUUGCCUCACAAAAGGAGAAAAAAUGA